CCGCGCUCGGGGUGAAGUCGAGGGCUCCAUGCGAGGGGGUCGUGGGUGAGCGCUCUCCCCCGGGAUGAGCAGCCCCGCGGGGGACGGCGGCCGCGCUCCGUGGGGAGAGAGGGAGCCCCGCGGCGGGGACAACGGGCCGCGCGCAGCGGGCCGGGGGCGGGGCCCCGUUAAACUCGGCGAAAAUGCCUGCGGCGCCGCGGGGACGGGGGACAGGGACGGGCGCCGGGGGCAGUUGCUGCCCGCGCGCAGGUCUGGCUUGGGCUCAGCACCCCGGGGCGCUCGCGCGCGCGGGGCCGAGGCGAGGAGCCGCGGCAGUUUCUGGGGAGCCGGAGAUGCCAGCACGAGCCGCCGCUUCACGCCGCCUUCCACCGCGCUGAGCCCGGGCAAGAUGAGCGAGGCGCUGCCGCUGGGCGCCCCGGACGCCGGCGCCGCCCUGAUCGGCAAGCCGAGGAGCGUCGACCGCAGCAUGGUGGAGGUGCUGGCCGACCACCCGGGCGAGCUGGUGCGCACCGACAGCCCCAACUUCCUCUGCUCCGUGCUGCCCACGCACUGGCGCUGCAACAAGACCCUGCCCAUCGCUUUCAAGGUGGUGGCGCUGGGGGAUGUUCCAGACGGCACUCUGGUCACUGUGAUGGCGGGCAAUGAUGAAAACUACUCGGCUGAACUGAGAAAUGCUACCGCGGCCAUGAAAAACCAAGUCGCGAGAUUCAAUGACCUCAGGUUUGUCGGUCGGAGCGGAAGAGGAAAGAGCUUCACUCUGACCAUCACUGUCUUCACAAACCCACCGCAAGUUGCCACUUACCAGAGAGCCAUCAAAAUCACGGUGGAUGGACCCCGAGAACCUCGAAGACAUCGUCAGAAACUAGAUGAUCAGACCAAGCCCGGGAGCUUGUCCUUUUCCGAGCGGCUCAGUGAACUGGAGCAGCUGCGGCGCACAGCUAUGAGGGUCAGCCCACACCACCCAGCCCCCACACCCAACCCUCGGGCCUCCUUGAACCACUCCACUGCCUUUAACCCUCAGCCUCAGAGUCAGAUGCAGGAUACAAGGCAGAUCCAGCCAUCCCCACCGUGGUCCUACGAUCAGUCCUACCAGUACCUGGGAUCGAUCACCUCCCCUUCUGUACACCCAGCAACACCCAUCUCGCCUGGACGGGCCAGCGGCAUGACAACCCUCUCUGCAGAGCUUUCUAGUCGACUCUCAACGGCGCCGGACCUCACGGCUUUCGGAGACCCGCGCCAGUUCCCCGCGCUGCCCUCCAUCUCAGACCCUCGCAUGCACUACCCCGGCGCCUUCACCUACUCGCCCACGCCCGUCACGUCGGGCAUCGGCAUCGGCAUGUCGGCCAUGAGCUCAGCCACGCGCUACCACACGUACCUGCCGCCGCCCUACCCGGGCUCGUCGCAGGCGCAGGGCGGCCCGUUCCAGGCCAGCUCGCCGUCCUACCACCUGUACUACGGCGCCUCGGCCGGCUCCUACCAGUUCUCCAUGGUGGGCGGCGAGCGCUCGCCACCGCGGAUCCUGCCGCCCUGCACCAACGCGUCCACCGGCUCGGCGCUGCUCAACCCCAGCCUCCCGAACCAGAGCGACGUAGUGGAGGCCGAGGGCAGUCACAGCAACUCCCCCACCAACAUGGCGCCCGCCGCGCGCCUCGAGGAGGCCGUGUGGCGGCCCUACUGAGCGCCCGCGCCGGCCGGCCUCCGUCCUCGAGGCAGCCAGGCCCGGCGUCCCGGGAGGAGCCUCCUCCAGGCCCAGCCUUCUGUUCUGAAACCCGCAUGGGCCCGGCCACCUUCGGGGGGCGCGCGCCCCCGUGACCCCCGUGAUCCCCCGGGGACCGGGGAGCUCGCUGGAGGCCGGGCCCCCAGGCCGCCUGCGCUUCUGAAGUCCGUGCAGCUCGCCAGUCGCUGUUGGCCCGUCUCCGAGUUUUCAAACCUGACACGACUUGAGGCCGUCCACGCCACCACCACGUGGACACGUUGUAAGGCAAACAGGAAGAUUCCCAGAGGGAAACUGUGAAUGCUUCUGAUUUAGCAAUGCUGUGAAUAAAAGAAAGAUUUUAUACCCUUGACUUCACUUUUUAACCAAGUUGUUUAUUCCAAAGUGUGGAAUUUGCGUUGGUGGGGGGAGGGGCGGGGGGGGCAGAAUGCAACUCAUCCUGUUUGGCAUCUGAUUUCAUAUUUUUCGUUUUCUUUUCCAGCACCUUAUAAAUUGCAAAAUGCGUAUUUGCAUUUGGGGUGGUUUUUAUUUUUAUAUAUAUGAAUUUCAGCUUGCUUCUUUCUUGCUUUGACAAUUGAAAGAAAUAUGAUUCCUUUUCCUGUAAGUUUUUAUUUAACCUUUCAUUUGGACUUUUGUGUAGUUGUUUUUUGAGGAACAGCUACGGCUUUGGGUCAUUUUCAACUACUGUAUUCCCACAAGGAAUCCCUAGAUAUUUAUGUAUCUUGAUGUUUAGACACUUACCUAUGUGUUGAUACUUUUUUUUAUUAUUUAAAUGUGCUUAUAUUAAGAAGAAAAAUAUCAAGUACUACAUUUUUUGGUUUUGAUAGUAGCCAAAGUUAAAUGUAUCACAUUGAAGAAGGCUGGAAAAAAAAGAUGGGUAAUGUGAUCACUUGGUUAUCUAAAUAUUGUUUACAUUAAACUCCCUUUCAUGUUAAUCAAACGAGUUGGUAGCUAAUGCAGCAAUGUUUUUAAAAGGCUUUUUAGAUACUGAGGGUCACUGCAAGGAUCUGAAGUAUGGAAUUUUCUGCCAAGCUCAACAAAGGGUCUCAUAUCUGACUCCCUCCUUUCAAACAGAAAAGGUCAAAUCCGGUUCCAGAGGGUUCAGGUAGAUGCCAAUAAUUGCACCUCUGGGGAAGAUUUCUUUUCUGCCUAGGGGUUUGCUCACUCCGUGGCCUCUUGAUAAUUUCAAACAUGCUUUGUAACAAAACGAAUCCAAAGUAAGCUGUGUGGAGGAGCAGUAUCCCCAUGGGAACCAAAUGAAUGAGUUUAGGGGUUCCUUAACUGCUGGAUUCUGGGGUAGGAAGGAGAUCAUCUGAACACAGAGUUCAGAUUUUUUAGUUCCAAGAAAAUACUUCUCUUUGAUACAGUACCUGUUCAUUGACGCAGAACAAAACCUGUAGCUACCUGCAAAGGCUGGAAGUGGAAGGGACUAGAUCAGGUGCCUUUGACCCCUGAAGGUCUCCAGCUGAAUUGUCCUAGGGUGGGCCCAGAAGCAGGUCUGAAAAGCCAGUUUCCCUGUGUGCUCAGUGGAGUCUCCGGGGAGAGCAUCGUCCCAACUGUGCAGGACCCCAUCGCGUGCUGCUCGUUCACCACCCAUUUUUGCGUUGGUAUCACCUGGCUAAGACCCUUCCCUGUGGGGUACGUGCCCUUUUACCCAUGCAUCAGCAUGACAGGGAAGAUUCAUGUCAUUGCUGCCCAUGGCUACAGUUCAAAUGUAUCCAAUGUCACUGUAAAUUUUAUGGCACUAUUUUUAUUGGAGGAUUUGGCCAGAAUGCGGUUGUUGUACAACCAUAAAUACCAACUGCUGAUUUUGACCUGUGUGUGCUCAAAACGAUCUGGUUGUUAUUUAAUGUACCUCUUAAAUUAGUUGAAACGAUUUCAGGUCAACUCUGAAGAGUAUUUGAAAGCAGGACUUCAGAACAGUGUUUGAUUUUAUUUUAUAAAUUUAAGGAUUCAAAUUAGAAAGAUCUUUGGCUGCAGGCAGCAAAACAGCUGGACUUAUUUAAAACAACUUGUUUUUGAAUUUUCUUAUAUAUAUAUAUUGAUUAUUUGUUUUAUACAGAUGCAGUAGCACUUUGGUAAGAGUUAAAGAGUAAAGCAGUUUGUUGUCAGGCAGGUCAUUCUUACCUAGAAAACAGCUAAAGCAGAUCUUGGAGAAACUCAGAAUAUGUUCAUUUUCAUUUUCAACAUAAUUCUCCCUCCACAAUUCCAUUUCAUGUUUUAUUCUAUAUUACAUUUUUGCAGCAAAAUUACCCUCCAAUUUAAAAUUACCCGCAGUAAGCCUAAAAAUUUUAUUUCUGAAAAGGAUCAUUAGCCCAUUUACCCCAAAUUGAAUUUAAAUGUUCUUUUCAGGACAUAUUGCCAUAUCUGACCUGACAAAAUGUUUGGAAAAAAUGAAGGAAAAAAAAUUUGCAUUUUUCAGUUCAAUUCUGGUACCUGAAGAUAUUCCAACUCAAAAUCAGCCUAAUGCCCUACAAGGAAAUCAGAUAAUAUCUCACAGUGAGUCUUCAUUCUCAAAGCCAAGUAUGAGGAGGGCUUGUCACCUUGCUGUAGACCCACAGGUUUGGCCAUUCAGAGUUUCACAGACCCUUAUCAGCAUAUAUGGUAUUUAAUCGUUCCAGAGGAAAAGCGAAAUCUUAGUUGUUUUGGAGAUAGGUCUCAUACGAUGCUUUUUUUUUUUCCUGAGGAAUUACAUUCAUUGCCUUCAGGAAAAAUAAGGUGGUCUUUAUAUCAGGGAGACCCUUAAGCCAAUAAUGUCAUAACUGGAAGUAUCUGGGAGCAUUGGCCCAAGAGAAGAAAGAUUAAAUAAGCCAUUUCUUCUGCUUAUUCAUGCCCUUAUUUAUAAUUUCCACAUAGACACAUUUCAGUUCUUAUCAUUUUUCUAUCAGAAAAUACUUAUAUUUCUCUCCCACUCCACCUCCCCAGUAUCGCCCUCUUUCUCUCUUCCUCCCUGUCCUCCUUCCCGCCUUUCUAUAAGGAGAUAGCACAUUCCCCCUCCCCCAACACCAAGUGUCCAGAACGCAAGGAACCGUAGUCCUCCUCCCUUUACCUAAAGGAACGUGGUGAGUCAGCCUUUCUCCUGCUUGUGGGUUUCUUCCAGCAGAACAGAGACAUUGCCAACCAUUUUGGAUCUGCUUGCUGUCCAAGUGCAGCAACUGAAGCCUUCUCGGGCAAAUUACAAUCAGUGAGUUAAUAGACAGCCUCUGUGCUGCCUAGGGUUUCUGUGCACAUAAACAGAAAUGCUCUGAUUAGAAAGGAAAUGAAUGGGUUCACUCAAAUGUCCUGCAAUUUAGGAUUGCAGAUUUCUGUUCUUGAAAUACCUAUUUCCUUGGGACAUUCCGUCCUGGUGGUUUUUAUUUUUGGUGGUUUUUGUUUUCUGGAGGAAUGACAUGUUUGGGGUCUUUUAUACAUGAAAAAUCAGUUUAACAAUAAUCUUGGAAAACAUUUUUUACAUCUGAACAAAAUGCCUUUUUGUUUACCUGCAGGAUAAAAUUGUUUGGGGAUUUUUGUUUGUUUGUCUGUCUGUCUGUUUGGAGUUUUUCCCCUCCCUUUAGCCAGAUCAGUAUUCAUGAGGCUGAUCAUUUGGCAUUUAUUUUUCCUUCCAGAAGAGUUGCAUCAACAAAGUUAAUUGUAUUUAUGUAUGUAAAUAGAUUUUAAGCUUCAUUAUAAAAUAUUGUUAAUACCUGUAAUAACUUUUUUCAAUUUUUUGUGUGUGUUUCUAAAGACUUUUUCUUAUGUUUGCUAAAUACUGUAGACAAAAAAAUGCUUCUUUCUACUUUGUUUAUUUUAGACUUAAAAACGAGCUACUUUUUAUUCACUUUUGUAAAGAGCUCAUAGCAUGGUUCCAAUUUUUUUUUAAAGUUCACUUUUUGUUUUAGGGGAAAUGAAUGUGCAAAAAAAAAAGAACUGUUGGUUAUUUGUGCUAUUCUGGAUGUAUAAAAAUCAAUGGAAAAAAAUAAACUUCCAAAUUGAAAUGACAGUAUAACACAUCUAUUGAAAAAGUAACAUUGGGAAAUGCAGUCCUAUUUAAAACAGGCCCAACCUAGUGUCUCUGUGCAGCAGUGGCUGGAUCUGUUCACAAAGUAUCCUGGAAAUUUGUGUUUCUUUCUCCCUGGUACUGACAUAGUGAACACUUCCUAAAAAGGAACUGUCAAUCUUGAGUUUUAAACCAGAUAUGAUAUGAGAGAACACCCCAGAAGCGCCUCGCCAAGGUGUUUCUAGAUAGCGCAGGAGACCAGGCACUCCAUCGUACAUGGGCCAAUGCACGUAGUCAGAGUAGCUGCCCCGCCUCUGCCGGGAGCAUUCGUCAUGCCCAGCCUGUGCAGGGCAGCUGGACUGCUGCUGCCCAGGAACCAUUGGAGCGUGUCUUUGUACCACAGUUUCUUCUGUAAAUCCGAUAUCAUAACUAGUGAAUGGCAAAUAAACAGUUUGGCAAGUACGUACA